ACUGAAAAUUCUUAUGAUCUUAUCUCCCUGCAGAGUGCAGGCAGCAUCAAAGCAAAUCCAAUGGUUAAUAGUUUCAAGAGAAGCUUAGAGAAAUGGAGGGGUUGGACUUGAACACGCACACUGCACACACACCCACCUGAAGAUUAUUGUUUCUUCUCCUCCACCUCCUCCUCCUCCUCCACCUCCUCCAUAUGGCUGCAACGGCUGCUUAUCCUGCAACAGCCUUCACCCCUGCAAGAAUACUUCUUAAAAUCUCACCGAGACACCUUCCGCCACUCAUCUCUCCCCACCAACUUCGUUUCAAGUCCAAGCCUUCCUCAACCUUUCAAUCUUCCAAUGCACUCCCUCGUUUUUUUCAUCUGAGUCCUCUAAUACCAAUUUCUCCUUCCGGUUUCUCUGCCUCAGCGGCAGCAACGGCAACGACUUCAAAUGGAGAUCCUUUUGCGGUGGAUAAUGAAAAGUUUCUUCUUUCGUCCGACGCCGAACCACAGAGAUCCUUCGGAGUUCUUUUCUCGGUUGUAGUAUGGAUUUUUCUCUCCCUUGUUUCGCUCCUGGCAUGUGGCGCUGCUCGUGCUGCUACUGAUUCCAUGAGAGCAUCGGGCUUUGGUUUGAAAAUUGCAAGCGCUCUUCGGAGCUCGGGAUGGCCUGACCAGGCUGUUGUUUUCGCUCUCGCUAUGCUUCCAGUAAUUGAGCUUCGGGGGGCUAUUCCGGUUGGUUACUGGAUGCAACUCAAGCCUACGCUCCUAACCGUCUUAUCUAUUCUUGGGAAUAUGGUUCCCGUUCCUUUCAUUGUACUCUAUCUGAAGAGGUUUGCGUCUUUUAUUGCUCGAAAGAACAAUUCGGCAUCGCGUUUCUUGGACCUGCUGUUUGAGAGGGCUAGGGAGAAGGCCGGGCCGGUAGAAGAAUUCCAGUGGAUUGGUCUAAUGUUGUUUGUGGCUGUGCCGUUCCCUGGAACUGGAGCCUGGACAGGAGCUAUUAUAGCUUCCGUUCUUGAUAUGCCCUUUUGGUCUGCUUUCUCUGCGAAUCUUUGUGGAGUAGUUUUGGCUGGGCUUCUAGUAAACUUGCUUGUUAACCUUGGUCUCAAGUAUGCUAUUGCAACUGGUGUCAUCCUCUUUUUUGUUUCUACAUUCAUGUGGAGUAUCCUGAGGAGCUUUAAGAAGUAUCUAAGGUCCACUAACUGAAUUGACACUUUGAGAAGAUGUAUGAAUGCAAUUUUUCCCCUGAUUCUAACAAAGUCUCUAGAUUUACAAACUAUGUGGUGUGUGUGAAUUCGAAUGGAUAGCUUUGGUUUUGAACAUGAUUUUAGUUCUUGCAGCUGUUGAUAAAAACCAAUUAUGCUUGUCUUACAGUUUCCAUAGAUCUAGACCAGUGUUAGACCACUGUUUCUUUUAUUUAAUUAGGGAAGGCAGAAAAGAAAAACAGAACAAUACACCUUCACUCACUAUAAUACAUUUAACAUAUAAAAGAAUAACCAACCCACAGUACAAAGAAUUUCUGAGGACCCUGUCUUUAGCUAAGAUUUGUGGUCUACAGAAGCACCUUGUAACUGGGCCUGAGAAAACAUAGAUAAUCAUACCAAAACCGUCUCUAGGCAUUCUUCCUGUGCCGGUGAGGAUCUGGAUUUCCCAACUAUCAACCACUAAUUUUAGGCUUUAUGAAACGAGAAUCUUUUCUUGUCUUCUUUUUCCUCCCUUUUGAUAAUUUCAUGAUAGAGAAAUCCAAUCUUUCGACAGUUUGAGAUAGGAAAAUAAGAUAGGGUGUCUUCUCUGGAUGUAUUCACCAUGCCAUUUUUUGUUUACAUAAGCACUCUGUAUAUUUUUGGCACAUAUAUGCAUAUUUGUUGCAGGAAUGAAAGUUUAUUGGAUCACUUUUAGGGAGAAAAAAUAGAUAUUCCUGGGAUUUCAUGUAUAAGCUUGUAUUGUGUUCUGUCACUGUUUGUGGUUUUUUAAUCAUGUUUACAUGUAAUGUAGCAGUAAAGGGGCCAGUGCUUGAUACACUGGUAAAAUUUCACAUUGACAAGCAUGGAGAAGCAGAUUUGAAUCUAAUAGCAGCCACUUCGGCAAAAAAUGCCAAGGAUUUGGUCCUUAUCUGGUCGACCCCUCCUAAGACCCCAGAUAGCUAGAACAAAAGUGGAAUUUAAAACCUGAGUUCUAAUUUACUAAAUGAUAUCACGAAAGUCUGUCUAUGGGCUCAAAUCUUGAAUUUCCUAGUCUUUAUUGGGGACCUACUCACUGCUGCUCUGCUCCUGGAUGGGUCUUUUCAGAGGCCGCUUUGACAUGGGAUCAUCAUCAUCAUCCAUGCCUUAUCCCAAGUUCCCAACUAUAUGGAGUCGGCUACAUGAAUCCUGUUUUUCCAUACAGGGGAUGGGACAAGUUUUAUUUUGUUUAUUUAUUUUUUUAACACGAAACUACAAAAUUUAUUCAGAUGUAAAUGCAGUGCCCAUAAUUUAAUAAUGAACAUGGCACUGAAUAGAGUGAAAUGAUGGAAUAUACAUCAUACAUGCAGCUGACCCAGAAGGUUGGAAUAAGGCUUUAUUGAGUUCAGUUGAAUUUAGUUUAGUACAUGGAAAGGUGGGAGGGAUUACUAUUACUUGGUUUAUGCAUUUUGUAAUGUUUUGAACUGGUUUGUUUUUGAAGAAUUUUGCUAUUCUUACUUUUGGAAUA